UUUUUGAAAAAAAAAAAAAACUAUAAGCUAUUAUAAAGAAAGGGGAUUGUGUGAUUGGGAAGCGAAGGAAAAUAUUAAGAGAAGACACCGUCGCGCGCGCACUGUUUACUUUUUUGGGGGGCUUCUACGUUUAAAGGGUUGCUCGCGCGCCCCCGUUAUUAUUAUUCUUAUUCCUCUUAUUAUUGUUGUUGUUGUUGUUAUUAUUUAAGUAUUUAUUCAUCUUUUAGAUCAUCGAACGUUUAAUGCAAAUCGUACCGAGUGCAAUUCGGAGUUCAGAUGUCUUCUUGAAAACUUUCUCCUUGGAAGUCUAGCUGUUUAUGGAUGUUCUUUCGGAGGAAACGACUUGAUCAUGUCGUCCCCUGAAGUGCAAUGGACUUAAACGAGGCGUCUGACUCGAGAACAACUUUAACACCGACGACCAGGUCUGCGGAGGACAGUCCCACCCUAGAAAAUGUGAAAGUCUGAUUAAAGACUCGUCCAUCACAUCAGUCGUGCAGCAAUAGCGAUGGAGAGGAGCAAGCGCAAUUCCAUUGCCGGGUUCCCCAGGCGGCCCGAUCGGCUGGAGGACCUGGACGGAGGAGUGUUCGAGGCAGAGACAGGCCCCGCCCAGCUGGACAGGGUGUGUCCUUCUUCCUACCGUGCCCUCAUCAGUGCCUUCUCCUGUCUGACGCGCCUUGACGACUUCAUAUGCGAACGCAUCGGCUCCGGCUUCUUCUCGGAGGUCUAUAAGGUGCGUCACAGAGCCUCAGACCAGGUGAUGGCCCUAAAGAUGAACAAGCUGAGCAGUAACAGAGCCAACAUGCUGCGAGAAGUGCAACUUAUGAACAGACUCUCGCAUCCCAACAUCCUCAGGUUCAUGGGUGUUUGCGUGCAGGAAGGUCAGCUCCAUGCCCUUACAGAGUACAUCAACGGUGGGAACUUGGAGCAGCUGCUGGACAGCAACAAGUACCUGAGCUGGACCUCACGGGUCAAACUGGCGUCAGACAUCGCCAUGGGUCUGGCCUACCUGCACUCCAAAGGCAUCUUUCACCGAGACCUCACCUCUAAGAACUGCCUGAUCAAGUCAGAUGAAAACGGUUACACUGCGAUUGUUGGAGAUUUUGGACUCGCAGAAAAAAUCCCCAGUCAUGAGGCUGACGGAGAGAAGCUGGCGGUGGUGGGUUCUCCGUUCUGGAUGGCUCCGGAGGUUCUGCGAGACGAACCGUAUAACGAAAAGGCCGACGUCUUCUCCUACGGCAUCAUCUUGUGUGAGAUCAUCGCCAGGAUACAGGCCGAUCCCGACUUCCUGCCUCGCACCGAAAACUUCGGUUUGGAUUAUCACGUGUUCCAGCACAUGGUCGGAGACUGUCCUCCUGACUUCCUUCAGCUCGCCUUCAACUGCUGCAACAUGGACCCAAAGCUCAGGCCUUCGUUCCCCGAUAUCGUCAAGAGGCUGGAGGACAUCCAGCGGCGUCUGAAAGCUGAAGAAGCAGAGAGAGAGAGGAUCCAUAUACAAGCAGAGAUGGAUAAAAAGAGCAUCCCUAAAGGCGAGAAGUUCCAGGGUAUAAAGAGACUGAACCCUCUUGGCCUUCAGGACGACAAGAUCCCGCCCAAGUCGCCCCGCCCACGCCGCAACAUCUGGCUUUCGCGCAGCCAGUCGGAUAUCUUUUCCCGCAAACCGGGGCGUAAGGUGAACGUCCAGGACCCUUACUACAACCCCGGGCCACGGGCCGUUGCCAAGGUCAACCCUUUUAGCGCCCGCGAGGACCUCAAGGGCGGCAAGAUCAAAUUCUUCGACAUGCCCAGCAAGUCGGUGUUCUCGCUCAUGUUCGAUUUGCACUCGCCGCGAGGCAGCAUGAGCUCGUACCAGCCUCAGACAAACUCCUGGCCUGAGUUGUGGCAGCUGCCAGGACGACAGUGCCGUUCCCUCCCCGUGUCUCCGCAGCAGGCGCUGUCCGAGGCUUUCUGCGGCGCGAGGAGCGAGGCCGGAGACAUGCGGCCCAAAGCGAUUAGCAGCUGGGCGAGGAGAUACGCCGUGCCCGAGAUCCCACCCUACAGACCUCGCGAGCCUUCCAGAGUGGAACCGGAGUCUGAGACCGAGGAAGCCAUGGACUGCUCAAAUAGCAGAGGCAGCUUCUUCGACAUCGACUACGACGAGGACAAGGAGCGAAACGAGCUGCCUAACGGAAACGGGGAGGACAUGGAGGCCGAAAGCGAGGAGAACACGUCCAGCUUGUUCUCCCUGACCAACAGGAACCCGCUUCCUCUGAGCGCAUCAGCCGACCUGCAGGAACCGCGCUCCAUCGUUCUCGCUCCAUGCCGCGCGCCCGCAUCACCCGACCUCGUGUCCCGGUGCGACAUCUGAGAAAACGUCGUAUUAUUUAACACUCAGAGAAUUAUUAUUAUUAUUAUUUUGUCCUUGAAGACAACGCAGCCUGAUGUUUUCAACCAGAUGUCUUCGUGAGCUCACACACACACGGAGAUCAAAUGAAUGUAUUUUGUUUGUUUCUUUACGAGCACUAUGAUUAUCUUAAUCGGACAAAAUUUUUGCGACUGCGAGAGAAAAACGAUUGUUUCAGAAAAUUAAAAAAAAGCUAGAGAUUGUUCCUGGGUAUUACAGCUAUUCACUUGUAAUUUUGCACUGUAAUUAGCACACCUGAUCGCUGGAAGAGACAGAAACAUUCCGUACGCGCAGUUUCACCCUGUCCUGAGCGAGUGUUUUUCUUGCUGAGAGAUUAAAAAAGAAAAAAACUAAACACGUCCGUGUCUGUAACUACUUAAAACGUCGUUAAAUUGCACUUGAAUCGAAGAACUUGUUGGGUUUAAUCUUUUUAAUCGUUUUUUUUUUUUUGUUGUUGGAUUUGUCACUACAUUUCUAUGCAAUAAAUCUAACCGAAGCAAACUAGUUUUAUAGUAAUAUAGAGAGAGAGAUGCUCUAUUUUGAUAUUUAUAAAGAAGAAAAGAAGAAAAAAAUGAAAAGAAUUUUACUUUCUAUGUCUUACUUUCCCUGCUGGUCAACUGUGUGUGAAAAUGUCGUGUUAAUACAGUUCGAUGAGCACAAGAUGUGUGUAAAUAGACGUCAGGUGUUUAGACGUCAUUAGUCCUGGCUGUUUGUUGUUGUUUUUUUUCCCCUCAUCGCGCAGGUUUGUAUUCGAUGUCGAGAUGUAUAAUUUCUACCAAAGACAGAUCAGGACCUUCCUUUGUUUCCGUUCAUAAGGUUUCAUUUUUUUUUUUUAUGUUUAAGUGCAUGUAUGUAUAUUCAGUUGUUUAAAAAAAAAAGAUAAUAAAUGAUUUGCUUUCGUGUUGUUUAA